AUGAUAUCUUCCAUAAUAUCGCGGUUGGUCAUAUUGGUAUUUGGAACGCUUUAUCCGGCUUACGCAUCAUACAAAGCUGUGCGAACGAAGAAUCUCAAGGAAUAUGUAAAAUGGAUGAUGUACUGGAUAGUGUUCGCACUCUUUACGUGCACGGAAACAUUCACAGAUGUGUUUCUCUCCUGGUUCCCGUUCUACUACGAAGUGAAAAUAGUUCUAGUCUUAUGGCUCCUGUCGCCGGCUACCAAAGGUUCCUCCAUACUUUAUAGGAAAUUUGUACAUCCGGCGUUGUGUCGUCGUGAGCAGGAGAUCGAUGAAUACAUAGCAAAAGCCAAAGAUCAGGGUUACCACACGGUGCUGAAUCUCGGCACGAAAGGCGUUAAUUAUGCCACUACCGUCAUUAUGCAAACAGCCAUUAAGAACUUGAAUCUGCCAAACGUCGACGAGAACCGUGCGAUAACCAAUCGAGACGAAAUAGAUGGAUAUCAAGCGUACGAAGAUUUUGAGUACCAGCGCGCUGGCGAUAAUUUACCGGGAAUAGUGGAAAUAGUCGAAUUGCACGACCAGUCCAAUGAGGAUGGAACCGGCGACGGCAUAGCGAAUGAUCCAGAUUACGACCCCGAAUUUUCGGCGGCGAGGAGCCGCGAUGCUACGUUAAGGGAACACGAAUUGAUUGCAUGUUUUGGUUGCUUACUACACGACGCUUGUAACACUAUACAUGGCGGCGGCGGGCUAGUUCAACAACUGCGCAAGAGUUACAGUUUAUCAGAUUUAACCGAGUGUGAACCGAGGGAAGAGCAUGCGGCGGAUGAAGUCGACGAUGUGCUUUCGGAGCCGAGGUUAUUAAGACGCGCUGUCAAAAGCGCUUAUGUGACAAGACGCAGUGCAUCAGAAUCAAACAGUCGACAGCCGCUAUACUUUCCUGAAGUGGACGUUGAUGUACGUGGACCUAGGCCAAGACUGGAUGAACCUGAUUUCAGCCAUAUAAAAUCCACGGAGGACAUCAGCUCGGGUUACUCUAGUGCCGACAACUCUGCGUCCCUCACUCGUACUGGCAGUGUGGGUGCAUCAGCCAGAUCUCGUGCGAGAACCACUCGCACCACAGUCACAACCAUCAAGCGACCACAGGCAGCCGAGGAUAAAGAAGUUAUCAUCGAGGAGCUUCAGGAAGAUGAUUUUGAUAAUACAAUGCCUCCGCUCGUCAGUUUAUCCUCUCCCUUGUAUCUCUCCCACACUGUGCCUCCAUUUAUCUAUCAAUAUGCUGGGGAUAAAGUUAAAAUAAUCCAGGUUUUAGGUCACUAUCCCUUAAACGAAGAGGAAGAUACAAGUUCUAAGUAUCAAAGGGACCAAAAGAAAGAUGACUCAAAUGGUAUUGAUACAAUAAAUUUAAACACUGAUAGUAAAUAUACUAUUCUUCAAGAAAUAGACAACAACUGUACUGAAGAACUCGAUAAUUCAAAUAAUUGUGCUGCACUUAAAGUCAAUACUGAAUUUAACACAGAGUGUAGUGAAUUAGCGCCAGAUAAUCAAUCAGACGUGACGAAUAUAUUUGUUGAUGCAGAAAGUAUUUGUACAUCUGUAAAGGAUAGUAGUUCUGAUGAUAGUUACGAUGAAGCUUCUUUUGGAACUCCUGAACCAACACCAAAAUCUGUUAAAAAGUUACUGAAAGGUAAAUACGGUAAAAAUAAAGCCCCUCUACCACCUAAGAAUGAAGACGAGAUGGGACAUAUAAUCGCGGAAAAUGUAGAUAAAUUGCCUAAUGGCAUUUUCGAACAAAACAUUGAAAUUAUGGAAAAUAUCGAACCCAAGAUUCCAAAUGAUAUUCCGGAUAAUCUUGAAGUAAAUUCCAAGCAAAGGAGUAAGUCUAAAUCGCCAUCAAGAUCUACAGUUGGUAACCUUGGUCUUGGUAAAUUAUUGCAGUUUCCUAACAAACUAGCUUUCUGGAAUAAAGGGGAUGAGAAGUCAAAAUCUGACUUAGCGAUAUCGCCUGAUAACAAUAGCAGAUCAACAUCAGCACUUAAUGAAGAAUUACAAAGUUGUUCUGAUGUUACAAAAGCUUCUAAAGAUGACAGUAGGUUAAAUCUUAAAGUGGAAGAAAAUCAAAAGACGUUAGACUGUUCCGGUGCAGAAGAGAAUAUAAUACAUAACAUAAAAGAGAAAAGUGAUGAAUUACAAAAAGUUAUUGAAGCUAAAUUGGAAAACCAUCCAGAAUAUAAAUUUAUACCACUAAAUGAUGACAAUAAUGGCACGUCGAAAAGUACAGAUGUGUAG